UAUUUUAAUAUGCGGAAUUGCAAAUCAGAAUAUAUAUUCAAAAGUUUUUUCACAAAAUAAAUCAUCGCAAAGACUAAGAUGAGACCCAUAGGUUUAAAGAAAGACGAUGGUAAAUAUGUUUAUCCUAACACGCACCAGCAGACUGCUAAUAUCCAGCCCUCACCAUUAGCACUUUUAGCUGCAACGUGCAGUAAAAUUGGCGACACGUUUAAUCCUCAAGGUAAUAACAUAUUUAACGAAAAAGAUAUUUCCUUCGAUCGAGAUAAAGACGAUUUAUAUAUUGAUCAAAACUAUAACGUACUACACAAAACAAUUCUUCAACCAACUCAUUCUAGCUGCAUGAAAUUAAAAAACGAAACGUUUGAAAAACCCCGUCUACAUCCUAAUAUAAUAACGGAAACACGAAUGAUUGAAGCACAAAACCGCGCGUCUUUAUCGAGUUCAUCUUGCAGCCAUAGCAAUGUAAAUACUUGUCGCGUUGAAAAUCUACAUUUUUCUUCUUGUGAAAUGAAGUCGUCAGAAAAUUAUGUUAAUUCGUCCCCGCUAUCGCAGAGUAAUUUUUUCUUUGAAAGUGACUCGUGUCUUUCCUCGCAGUCCCCUAACUGUGCAGUAGAUGAAAUGAGUUUUCAAGGUAGCGCUUUGCACAGCUUACAGCAGUCAGACCAGCAAAAUAUAUUGAAUCUGGGAAGUUCUAUUUCCCCGACAAAUUACCACAACCCAGAAAACGGUUAUUCUUCUGAUAAACAAUACAUGUGGCAACAGCCAUAUCGAAAAUGUCAGCCAAAUGUUGAACCAACAAAAUCUUCUUGUAUGGUUCAAGAGGAGUUUGAAAUUAAAAACAUUCCUAUGCAAGCAUUGAAUUUAAUUAGUAAACAACCUUCUUUAUCACAUAUAAUUAAUCCGGUCCAAAAUAUGUCAACACUGCGAAACCAGCCCCAGAGUUUACAUGCGUCCCAUACACCAACUCAACCAGUGUCGCCACAUCAGCAACAUUUAUUACAUUCCUUCGGCAAUAGCAAUCCAACCGCUAAUAGUUAUAGCUCAGAACAAAAUUUUGCUCACUUUUUACCGCAAAACAAUCCAAUCGAAGUGAAGCAAGAGAACUCUUAUAUGGUUCACUCAAACUUCAGAGAGCCGUCUUAUGUUAACUCUCCGUUAAACUAUCAACAUCACACUUCAGACAUGAAAUGGAGCAGUAAUUUUUCUAUACGACACCCUCAGGAACAUAUAUCUGAUGGUAGCAAUCAUGAAAGCAUUCACAAUCAUCCUGUAGGAACCACUUCUUCAUUUUGUCCUACAUGUAGCAUGCAGGCUAAUAUUUCUAUAGGUAUGGGGCAACACCAACAAGAAAUGAUAAUUAAUCGAAUGAUACCAGGUGAUAUUCACGGCGAGAAUUUAUCCGAUUACCAAUAUCAACAACAACAGCAAAUCUAUUAUACAAGAGAUCAUAGAAGACCCAGAAGAAUUGCUUGUACCUGUCCUAAUUGUCGUGAUGGAGAAAACAAAACGGUAACUACCAAAGAUGGAAAACAACGAAAGUUACAUGUUUGUCAUGUUCCUGGUUGCGGUAAAAUUUAUGGAAAAACUAGUCACUUGAGGGCGCAUUUACGAUGGCACGCAGGUGAGAGACCGUUUGCGUGUAAUUGGUUAUUUUGUAAUAAACGAUUUACUCGGUCUGACGAACUUCAAAGACAUAGACGGACUCAUACCGGAGACAAAAGAUUUGAAUGUUCAACUUGUUUGAAAAAGUUUAUGCGUUCUGAUCAUUUGUCAAAGCAUAUGAAAACUCAUCAAACGCAAAAUAAAAAAACUGAGGAAAAAAUUGUUCCUGAUAAAAAAACCACCGAAAAAUGUAAAACAGAUGAAAAGUAUCCCAUAGAAAAACAUUAAUUUAUUUUUUGAACUUUU